CUCAGAAACUUUGUAUGUUUCAGUAGUCAGACAAGCACUGACUUGCUUAAGUCAAGAUAUUUCAGACAAUUCUUAACAGACUGUAUAGAAACAGCGGGUGGAAAACCCAAAGGGCAUUUCUUCUUCUGCCGCCUGUUUGGAUCUUCAACCAUGUGGCUCUAUAAUGUUUUUCUGAGUUUGGACCUCAAGGGGAUUCUUUUGUUCAUGUUUUUCUUCCUUUUGAUAGCCGACUUCAUUAGGAACCGGAAACCAGCAAACUUUCCUCCAGGACCGAAGGCUCUCCCCUUUGUGGGGAACAUCUUAAGUUUGGACACCAAACAUCCUCACGUUCAUUUCAGCAAGUUGGCUGACAUCUACGGAAACGUCUUCAGCUUGCGCCUUGGCAGGCAGUCCGUGGUGAUUGUGAGCGGCUACAAGAUGGUGAAAGAGGCCAUCGUGGCACAAGCUGAGAACUUUGUGGAUCGGCCAUUUAAUGCAAUCGGUGACAGGUUUUACCCUAAACCUUCAGAUGGUCUUUUUUUAAGCAAUGGAGAGAUAUGGAAGAAACAGAGACGUUUUGCUUUAUCUACUUUACGUACCUUUGGUCUGGGCAAAAACACCCUGGAGCUCAGCAUCUGUGAGGAGGUCCGACACCUGCAGGAGGAAAUGGAGAGUGAGAAAGGUAAACCCUUCAGCCCAGCAGGCCUCUUUAACAAUGCCGUCUCCAACAUUAUCUGCCAGCUUGUUAUGGGAAAAAGAUUUGACUACAAUGACCACAUGUUUCAGACGAUGCUGAAGUGCAUAUCUGAAGGUGUUAGGCUUGAAGGAAGCAUAUGGGGUCAGCUUUAUGACGCAUUUCCUCAAGUGAUGAAAUAUCUGCCAGGUCCUCACAACAAAAUCUUUAGCAAUUAUAACUCAGUAAGAGAUCUCCUUCUUGAGGAAAUCCAAAAGCACAAGAAGGAUCUGGAUCCCAGCAACCCCAGAGACUACAUCGACACUUUCCUCAUUGAAAUGGAGAACCACAAAGACUCUAACCUGGGCUUCACAGAGAGCAACCUGGCUUUCUGCUCCUUCGAUCUCUUCACUGCAGGAACAGAAACGACAGCCACCACAUUGCUUUGGGCUUUGCUUUACCUAACAAAAUACCCUGAAGUUCAAGAGAAAGUCCAGGCAGAGAUUGAUAGAGUGAUCGGACAGAGUCGCCAGCCAUCCAUGGCCGACAGACAGAACCUGCCGUACACUGAUGCUGUGAUCCAUGAGAUCCAGAGGAUGGGGAACAUUGUUCCUCUGAAUGUAUUCAGGGUCGCUUCCAAGGAUACAACUCUGGGUGGUUACUUCAUACCAAAGGGAACAUCUGUGAUGCCCAUGUUGACAUCUGUCCUGUUUGACAAAUCUGAAUGGGAAACUCCAGACACCUUCAAUCCCGGACAUUUCCUGGAUGCCAAUGGGAAGUUUGUGAAAAGAGAAGCAUUCCUACCGUUCUCUGCAGGGAAACGUGUGUGUCUUGGUGAAGGCCUCGCUAAGAUGGAGCUGUUCCUGUUCUUUGUUGGCUUACUGCAGAACUUCACUUUCUCUGUUCCUGACGGAGUUGAACUGAGCACUGAAGGAAUCACUGGAACGACACGAGUGCCUCAUCCCUACAAGGUGUCUGCUAAAGUUCGCUGAGCUGAGGACUUUUCACUAAACCUGGUUUCUGCUCAACAGUCGACUGCCACAGCUCUAGAGGUUGCUGCUUGUUAAGAGUCCUUGUAGAUGUGAUGAUAUUCUGAGUAAGAGUUUAAUUAAUCAUCAUUAAAGACAUCAUACUUUGAGUUACUGAAUUCAAAUAGGACUGAGAAAUAACUUGUCUUUUACAACAAUGACUUCCUAAAAACUUCCUUAAAACAAAAAAAAUAUAUAUGUUCGCAUUCUCCAUUUUAUUGAAAAGGUUAAAGAGAAAGUACCAAGUACAGAAACUAGGUAAAGUGUGUAUUUAUGAAGAUAUUCCCGUCUUCCCAAAAACAGUUGUUGAAUUAUAAAAUUCAACAAUUUUAUAAUUGUUGAAUAACAUACAAAUACAAUUAGUUUGUAUGUAAAUUUUGAUUAAGAUACAAAGGUAAACCUGUUGUUUUGGCUUUAUUAUGAGAGCACACUAAAUGAUCCUGCAACAGUUAUGAUGCUAUUAUGCAAAGAUUUUUUAAAUCCGUUUACAUUUUAAGAAAUGUUUAUUUGUUUACAAAUGAACAUUUCUAACAUAAACACUUUCCUGGCGUUUGAGUGGAAGAGGCUUUAUGUCCUGAUUAUUUAUCCAUCCAUGGCCAAUCAUUCUGGCCUAUUGAGAGUCAAUCUCCUCACAUCAUUUAACUAAACCUUUGAACUAGACACAUAACCUGGGGUAGGACAUGUCUGAAGGCACAUUUUUCAGGUAUUUUUGCUGGAUCAGCCUUCCUUAACUUUGCCAGUGCAUCAAGCGUUGAUAUUUUCUACUAGUUACUCCAGGUAGAUUUCAGUUCUGUAAUGGCAGCAACAGAGGAGAGAGUGGGUUCCUGGUAGGUUCAUGUUUGAACCUUCUCAAAUUUAUAUAUAUAUAUAUUUUUGUCUAAACAUUUUUCACUGUUGACAAUUUACAACAUGAUGUUUGAUGGUCUUGUGACCAAUAUUCUGACUGUUUGAAUAUCGUAUCAAUCUGAAUUUUUUUUUACAAUAUCAGAGUCUUUUUGGCUCCUUUUGCCAGACAAAUAAAAGUCGUCUACCUUGA